GAAACUGACUUGUCUUCACUCACUCACUCUUUGUGCUCUUCUCGCUCGCUCGCUCCCUCGAUUUGCUGAUUUUUUGAUCUUUCGUCACAAGUGAGGGUCGUCGUCGUCACCAAAAAGGUCACUCCCUAGUUUAACCUGUUGCUUACCUGUCUUCACGGGUUCAAAGGUUGAGUGAGUUGCGAUCUUGGCGAAAACCAAGAUAAUGACCACCCUGGCCGAAAUCUCCUCCAAGGUCAAGGCGACCUGCUGUCUCCCUGACAGGGUCGUCCAAUACGUGACACCAGUGGAGGAAUAUGACCCCGAGUGGGACGAAUACUUGGAGAAAUUAAAAGAAGGCUCGGGCCCGGCGAUAACAUUUCUUCACUCGGAGUUACAAAAAAGAGCAAAAAUCGAAACAGGUGUAAAAAGUGUUGAAUAUUUGCGAAAACUUUUUAAGCGGACAUACCUCAUCUCCAAAAAGGUCAAUGAGAGUCUGACCAGUGAAAAGAGUACGAUUGUGCUCCUUCGAACUCUCUUCGGCCUCGCUCAAGGUCAAUGGUCGCUUCCAUCGCAGAUCAUGGAAGACAUGAUGGGAUGCCUCAUUUCGGCCAUUCGAAACAUCACUUCCUCCGUUUUGGCACAGUAUUUGUUCAAACAUGCCCUCGUCGAGAUGAAGAAUGCUGACCGGUCUGACAGUUUGAGUAGUCGCUGGACUGAAAUCUUUAUCCGAUUUGUUGCCGUGCUUGGGGAGAGAGGUGAAAUCCCACAUGAGUCGGAUAUCAUUGAUGGAAAACAAAUGAAGAAAAAUGUUGUUGAAGAGAUUUGCCGGAUGGAUUGGUCCAGGCCGGUCUUUCAGUCGUACUUGACGGUGUUGGAGGGAAUAGUGGGGAUUGAUGGAUCUGAGGUGGACAGCAUCUUGGAGAAAUUUAGCUCCACCCUGCGCACCAUGCCACCCACCGUCGUCCAUUCGUGUAUCGAACAGAUCGUCACCAUAACGGGCUCCCUCCGCCCCGCUCGCCUCCUGCAAACGUACGACAAGUUCUUCAUCUAUUUGCAAGAGAAGGAGGAGGCGGAAGAAAAACGAGCCAACAAUGACACUUCAGCGAAGCAGGCCAAGAAGGGAAAGAGGAACGUCAUCCAGGGUGUCAAACUAGGCAUCGUAGCCUGCAAUUUUGUCGACGCUUCGAAAAACUGUGAUCCCAUUGUAAAAGAAAUUGUAAAACGGGUCAAGGGGGCCAUUUUUGAUCAUACCCUUGUCAUGACGCCAUUCAUGCUCUCAGUGAUUUUGGCCUUUACGAGCGUGGAUUAUUUGAGAGGGCCGAUUACGGAACCUUUGAAAAUCGCCAUCCUGAAAAAUUUCCACGAAUUGAACCUCUGCGAUGUUAGCUUAUGGUAUAAAACUACCAUUGGUGAUAUCCAAGAUGACAUCAUGGAAUGUUUCAAAUACGUCGUGAAGAAUGGCACAAAAGCCAUGGAGUACAUGUCGGACGGAUUGAAAGAACUGGGAAUUAGUCUCCUCAGCAGUGGGAGCUACCAGUGGAAGUACCCCCUAACUUUCACUCGCUGCAAGGAGCUGGGCACCUUCCUUAUCACCACCGUCGUCACGCAAGACAAGGACCAGCUGGGUCCCCUUCUCAAAGACUUGUUGAAACCAAAAUCACCGGCGCAUAUUGAUUGUUUGGCACUCUGUCUCACAAUUUGUUGCAGAACGCUUAUAAAUCGCAACUUUCAAGGCCGAAUUAGUGAACUGCUCCAUCACUUGCCGACAAUGUCGGUCGAGUCUGCGUCCGCGAUUAUGAAAUCAUUGCUCCCUUCGCUCCAAAUGGCACCUACUCUGCUCGAUGAUUUGAUGAUUGUCUUGAGAAAGUCGUUUUGGAAAACUGUCGACCAAGGACGGAUCUGUAUUGAGAUAAUUUGUGUAAUUUUGAGCAACACACAAAUCGUGGGAAGCUCACAAUUUGUUCCGGAGGCAGUUGAUGAUGAUUUAAUCAUGAGCCAGUUGACGCAGACAGCCGCGCGCAACAGUACGAGCGCUGACUUCUCGCCACUUUGUCGAGAAGUUUUAAACUUUGGAAAGCGCUUCUUCCUUUUGGACCAUAAAGUUAGGGAGCAGCUCUACCUCGGCUUGCACCGCGUCGCGAGACGGAAUCCAAUAGUGAAUGACGUAAUUUCCGGUCAGCUCCACUCCCAUAUGGGUCAGUUUUGGAAUGACGAUACAUCCGAUUGUAGAAUCAAUUACCGAGCGCUGUUCGAAUUUAAGCCAAAUAGUGAAAUCUGCAAAGCGAUUUUGAAGGACCAACUCGGCUUCCUCGUCCAGUGCAUUGGCUUUGUCCACAAUAAAACCACCAUCGGCAGGGGCCAAUUCUUGGACAGCCUCUCGGACACAACGUUUUUCACCAAUUGCAAAGAACUUCUCGCCAAACUCAUCAAUUUUGCGGGGUCGAUUGAAACGAAUAUUAUUGAAAUUGUCACGUCCUCUAUUAUUGGCGAGUCUGGCAUUCUAACCGACGACAUCAUUCGUUUCGUCCGGGACAAUAUUUGUAUUCAAACCAUGCAAAUGAUGGAAGCUUUGAUGGAGUUCUUGGCUUUGGUUUCUGAAUGGCCCCAAGCGAAGCAGAAAGUUGCCAAGAUUUUCAGGAAUUACACAGCAUUUGGAAAGUACAUGAAGGAGAGCGCGCACGCGAAGAAGGGUAAGGGCGGGGGAGGGAAAGGAAAAGGUAAAGGAAAAACAGCAGCAGCUAAGAAAAAGGGAAAUACCACAAAAGUUGCCACGCAAGUCGACGAUUCGGCGAUCGUCGCGUCCGGAUCAGACACUGGAACUGCAGCUGUUGCCACCGCAUCACCCGCACUUCGGAAGCCCGCACCUACACUGAAACCACCCCGACACGUCCACAUUAUCAAUUUGGACAGCGUGUGUCUAAUGCUAAGGGAACUUUACGGACCGAAGGACAAAGCAGAUCACUUGAACUCGGUCUGGGGUGACGACGACUUUGAAAUGAUGCUGCUGGACACGGUCAAAGACAAAGUGGCGAGACUUAAGGGGAAGGAAUCCAUCCGUGAGAGACAACGUGCUCCGGUGGACACGCUCAAUUCGUUGACUUACUUGAUCGAGACCAUUUGGCAACACGUGGCAGCCAACGAGCGUUCUUGGACAGACAACUUGAACAAUGACAGCGAUGACGAAGUCAUCCCCUCCGAAGGCCCUGAAGUGUUCGAGGCCCGAUUGGAAGUUGUGGCCAAUGUGAUGGACUACUUUUACAAUGAGGGCCUCAACAUCAGGGUCAAAUACUUUAACAAAUAUAUGCAAGGGACUCCCCGUGACGAUGAGGAAUUCUGUGGAGCCAUGUUCGAGGAAUGGUUGAAGAUUUUGAGCAUGGCGACCUCCGUGCAUGACGGACUCCGCUCGAAGGCCAACAUCUUCCUCUUUAGCAUCCUUCAUUCCGUGUGCAAAUCGAUCGAUGUUAUCAGCGUGCUCGAAAAGGUUCACAACUGGUGCUGGACACACUUUAAGACAAAUACUUCCGACCAAGAGGCGUCCCCACAAUUGCUCGACGUUGGUGUUUCUACUUUUCUGACGUGCAACGUAAAGUGCCACGAGUACUCGUCCGAGACAAAGGGAAAUGCCUUAAAGUUGGCGAAAGCUGUGCCAUUAACGCUGGGAAAUAUGGACUCGGAUGCUGAUCCUACAACACCCGCUCGAAGCUUGUUCUCUUGGUUCGUGACAACAGAAACAUCGCCAACUUUGCUGAUGUGUCUCGCCACCUAUGCAGAGAAGCAGAUCUCCAUUUUGAACACAGUCCUCGGCCGGUUGAAAGCACAUCGACUAUAUUUGGGAAAUGAUCGAAGCGUCGAAAUUCGUGACAAAUCUUUUGAAAUGAUUCAAUGCCUGCGUCGAAUCAUUCGAGAGUUGGUGGUCAGUAAGUUCGAUGCGGGACCUUGCGUCGCCGUUAUGCUCAAACUAGUCGCCAGCUAUUACAGCGUCCUCUCCAGCUUUGCGGAACACUUAAUUGAUGUGAAUCGAUACGUUUCGCAUUCCGCCCAUAUUCGUGGAUUCAAAACGAUCGUGACGGAUCUCGGACAGGAUAUGAAGCCAAAGAUUGAAACGAUGAUAGAAUAUGUCGAGCGUGUACAACGCAGCAAAAUUGAGACUGCCACGGCUGGAAAAAAGUCGACCAGACUUCCUGCCUAUUUGCGGGCCCAACUUUCCAGGGAUACCAAACUCGUGCCAAAUUUGGUGUACCACGUCGAAAGAUUCGACCAAUUUGUUAUAGCCCUCUCAAAGAAAGUGAAGAUUGACAUGCUCGUCGGCAUGAAACUCAGCACAGCUCGCGACUUCCGGAUUGAGGCGAGAACUUUCAAGGCAGCAUUUGCCUCCCCAGAAGAUCAAGAUGAAACUGCUGGUGACACAACUCGUCCGGGGACUUCAGCCUCUAUGGUGCGAAAGAGUGGGAAAUCUGGUGCGACUCUGAGUCGGAAGAGGAAGUAGAACCGAACACAAUACUCAAUUUGAACUACAUUUAUUAUUACCAUUCCUUUUGUACGUCUAUUCUAUUAUUGGCAGUUUUCAUGUUAGAUUAAUUCCUCGUUCCCACAUUUAUGAGGUUUCUGUCUCAAUUACCGUGUGUAGUGCUUUGUCGGGUAAUCAAUUGGGAGAGGCGAGAUUAAAUUUUGAUAUUAAAAUGUAAUUUGGCAUGCAGUUCAUUAUUA